GAGGAGCUGGAGAGCUACGGGCUGGCGGGGGUGCUGCGCUGCGAGGCCGUACUGCCCAGCGCCCGCGCCCACUCCCUGCUGCUCCUCGUGUGCCAGGAGCCCCAGCAGACCCAGCCCGACGCCCACUUCUUCCAGUGUGCCCACAUCGGGGCGGAGGCGAUCCGGGAGGAUAUUAACAGUGCCCUGCUGGACUUCAAAUCGGGAAGCAACGCUCAGCGGAAAGAAGCGCUCAGAGCAAACCAGGAGAUGAUGCAGAAGGGGGUACCACCACCCCCGGGGGGGACAGGCCCCCGGCCCCCACCCCCUCACAGGAAGGUGGUGAUCACCCCCUCAGCCACUCUGAAUGAGAUGGAGACGCAGAGUCAGGGAGGCGCAGCUGACCCCUCGGACACAGGCGCGCUGCGGACUGAGCGUGAUGUGGAGCUGCUGAACCGGAUCUUCGACGACAUCGAAGCUUUCGUGGGCAAACUGCAGAAAUCAGCCGAGGCCUUUCGGAUCCUGGAGCAGCUGAAACGGUCGGGCCGGGGGCGCCGCCGGGAGCCGGGGGAGGGGCUGCUGACCCUGCGGGCCCGGCCACCCGCCAUGGAAGAGUUCGAGGACACCCUGGCCAAGAUGAAAUAUUCCUUCAGCCUCCUGGCAAGACUCCAGUCAAACAUCUCAAAUCCCACUUCGGAGGAGCUGGUUCACUUCCUGUUUGGCCCCCUGAAAAUGGUGGUGGAGUCGUCGGGGGGCCCAGAGUUCGCCAGCGAGAUCCGCUCCCCCAUGCUGACCCUGGAGGCCGUCACCCUGCUGCGGGGCUGCCUGGGGGCCCAGGAGACCAAGCUGUGGGGCUCGCUGGGUGACAACUGGACCCGGCCCAGGGUGGAGUUCCCCGGGGACUACGCCACCCCUUAUACCCUGACCUUCCAAAGCGGUUGGGUCCCGCCCCGCCUGGGCCCCGAUGGGCAGCCCUGGGAGGAUCCGGUGGAGACCCAGCACCGGCAUGAAGUGCGCCGGGCGCAGCAAUCGGCUCCUCCAAUCGAAGCCAAUGGCCACAGACAGACAGAAGACGGCAGGCUUGUGAGCUGCAAGUACGACUUUGUAGCCAGGAACAGCAAUGAACUGUCUGUCCUGCAGGGGGAGCUUCUGGAGGUGCUGGACGACACCAAGAAGUGGUGGAAGGUUCAGAACCGCUCCGGCCAGCAGGGCUACGUCCCCUUCAACAUCCUCAGCCCCCUGCCGGCCACCCAGAACCGAGGCCUGGGCGACCUGCUCAACGGCACCGGCAGCGCCGGCUCCAGCCCCCGCCAGACCAGAGCCCCGGGCCCCCCAGGCCUGCCGGCUCUGAAGAAAAAGGUCCCAGCCCCGAAUGGGACCCAGUGGAACGGCUCCGAGGGGCUUGGCCUAGACCCCAAUGAGAGAGAGCGGCUGAACGAGGAGCUGCUGCAGCGCCUGGCGGCCGGCCGGGGCGCCCCCGCCAAGCCCUUCCUGGUGCACCGGACGCCGGACACGGCGGUGCCGCUGGACCACGACUCCGACCCCGCCCAGGUCCAGGCCUGGCUGGAGGCCAAGGGCUUCGAGCCCCUGACGGUGAGCACCCUGGGGGUGCUGAACGGCUCCCAGCUCUUCUCCCUGUGCAAAGCCGAGUUCCAGGCCGUCAGCCCCGAGGAAGGAGCCAGAGUCUACAGCCAGGUCACCGUACACAAGGCCAUGCUGGAGGACUUUAAGAAAACCUCUGAACUGGAAGCCGUGAUGGAGAAACGGAAGAGGAAAUUGGAGGGCAAGACAGAAGCAUCCCGCUCGUGAGGAAGCCACGGACACAGUGCCCCCCCAGCUGGCAGAGCUCCCCCCACUGGCGAGGGUGCUGCUUGGGGGAGCUGGACCACCGGACCCCCACCCGGCUCACAGACUCUCCCCUCCCCAACUCUCUGUGAGGGUGUCUCCCCAAACUAGACACGCUAAGGACCUCUGCACGGGUAUAGAUUUCUUCACGGGCAUCUGGCUACCACCUGCUCCAUUCGGGCUACCACGCCUCUUAAAGGAACAGCCCCCAGCGCAUAUGUGCCGCUCGUUCCAAUUUCCUACCUCCGGGCGUCUUUUUGUUGUUGUUGUUGUUGUUUUUUUACUUCCACUAUUUAUUUAAGAACGGGGGCAAACUUUAAAAUUUAGCGCCUCCCCUUCUCCCUCCAAAUGGUAUGACCUCCCUUGUCCACAAUCCCCCCUCUGUUCCCCCUUAAGUGGUACAACUCCUAUACUCCAACCCCCCUGAAUUUUGACCCAAAUGGUACAGCCCCCCCAGUCUGCACAGUCCCCCACCCCCAUGGUAUAAUCUCCAACAUCCCCUUUACCUCUGAAGUGGUAUGUCCCCCCAUUUUCUCCCCCCAAAUGGUACAGCCACCACCACCCCUGUUUCUUCUCAAUUGGUAUGUACCCUAUUCUCCACAAUCUUCCCCCCAUUUCCACCUAACUGGUAUGACUCCCCAGCCUUAGAACCCCCCUAUUGCCCCCUAAGUGGUACAACCUCAGUCUCCACAGUGCCCCCUCCAUGUUCUCCCCCAGAAAUGGCAUGACCCCCUUCCCAUUGUUCAGCCCCCACCAAUGGACCCAACCCACCCACCUCCUGUUCUGAUUGGUGCAGACCUGAGGCUAGGGGGCGCAGCAGGGACUCAGAGGACCUCAUUGCAUGCAGUACCCCCUGCGGCCACCAGAGGGGGACGCUCUGUGCUAGUCAGUGCUGCAGCGCCACCAGUCCUAAGGUUGCUUAACAGUUUCCAUUCCCAGCCCCCUUUUUGGGGGGCUGCUUAUAACUCAGCCAAACCAAAACGGCCGGGGCUGAAAGUUCCCAGCUCUGCAGCAGGCUGGGUUGGGGGUGGGGGGCCUAUUCGGGGCGAAUGGAUUCAGCCGUUUUCGAGAGGGAGGCUGACAGGAGGGAGACCCACAGGUUCAGGUUCAGCCCGCGGGGGCGCCGUGAUGCGGUUGGAUGGCUCAAUUCCACACCACUACGUGCCCUUCGUGGCAGCUCGGCUACUGGUGGGG